CUCGCUGAGGAUUCARGGUGUAAAGCUGUCGUCGAUGUCCCGCGUUGUGUUACAGUUACCGAAAGGCGGACAGAAAGGAUCCCGCAGCUGUAAAAGUGGGUGAAAAUCCAGUCCGGGAGGAGGAUGAAACUUGGAGCGGUCGCAGCUCAGCUCCUCUCUYUCAGGCAAAGCGGCGGCUCGGUUGGAAAAUGAGGCGAGGACGUGAGGUACGUGCGCAUCCGGCAGACGAUGAGAUGAAAUGGAGAGUUUGGGGCUGACGGAGCUUUUAAAGCCCAGCUCUCCCCGCGGGACCGUCGCUUUCUCAGAGCCACAGGAGAGACGGAGGACGAGCGGCGGGCAGCAGCAGCAGCAGCAGCGGCGGCGGCUCGUCUCUUCUUCUGGGCCGGCGGAGCUCCACUACCAGGCGGAUAUGGGGCUUAACGGUUUCUGCGCGGUGCCUGUCGGAAGUCAGACGGCCGCGGAGCUGCUCGCGGACAUGGCCUCUCAGACCAACUCGCCCGGCAUCACCACCCCGACGAAGCAGUCUAAAAGUGGCGUGCCGCCUCUCUACAACGGAGGGGUGGUGUCUCCCUCCGCCACUGUGGAGGCGAACCAGGCCGGUGUGUUGGCGCACACCCCGCAGGGCUACCCCGCACAGGUGAGCGGGAUGGGCGCGCAGACAAGUGGCCCCGCGUGCCCUCUCACCGGCAGAGGCUGUCUGCUGGAAAACGGGGACAGAGUUGCUCAGGAGAGCUGCACUUUGCUAACCCGGAGGUUCAACGGUGACCUGAAGGUCAGGCAGGCCCAGCAGCAGAAGCGGCGGUGUGGGGAAAACCGGGAUUUUGGGUCAGAGAUUCACAAAGGUCACGUGAUGGGGUCACCUGGGUUAGGCAGCUCGGCAGACCUGGUUUUCUCCUCAGGAGACUCUGACUUGAAGAGGAGGAAGCUGCCAGACAAGUCGUCAGAGACCCCCAGAGUGACCCGGGUUGCUCCCUCUUCUCAUGCUAACCAGCACAAGGAACACUACGUGGCACCCCCAGACUCACCAGCUGCACCCGGUCUGAUGACCCCCGCCCCGGCACUGCGGCAGGCCGCAGGAGGCGCCGGCUGGUCCGCGCAGCACAUCGCCAAGCAAUACAUCAUCCCCUGCAUGAAGGACUAUGGCAUUUGCGUGAAGGACAACUUCCUGGGGCCGCAGUUUGGCGACAGGGUCCUGGAGGAGGUGGGUGUUCUGAACCGCAGUGGGAAGUUUCGGGGCGGGCAGCUGGUGAGCCAGAAAAGCAUUCCCUCUCGGAACAUCAGGGGAGACCAGAUCGCGUGGGUGGAGGGGCAGGAGCCCGGGUGUGGCAGCAUCGGGGAGCUGAUGGCACGCAUCGAUGAGGUGGUCAUGUACAGCGCUGCCAAUGGACAGCUGGGGGACUGUGUCAUCAAUGGACGCACCAAGGCCAUGGUUGCUUGUUAUCCAGGGAACGGAGCGGGAUACGUGCGCCACGUUGAUAAUCCCAACGGUGAUGGCCGCUGCAUCACAUGCAUCUACUAUCUUAACAAGAACUGGGAUGUUGAGACGCAAGGAGGACUUCUGCAGAUCUACCCUGAAGGCAAAAACGUGGUCGCCAACAUCGAACCUUUGUUUGACCGGCUGCUCGUCUUCUGGUCUGACCGCAGGAACCCACACGAAGUCAAACCAGCCUUCGCCACUCGUUAUGCCAUCACAGUCUGGUACUUUAAUGCCAAAGAGCGGUUAGAGGCUAAAGAGAAGUACCGAUUGGCAGCGGGACAAAAAGGCAUUCAAGUGCCUGUCACUCAGCACAGCAGGUCAUAAAAUUACUCCUCAAGUGACCGGAGAGCCCUUUCAAAGCAUUACGUGCCUUCCUGAACUGCUAAUGAUUGCGAAGGGAGACGUAGUUAAACUGUCAGUUGUCACUGCAGCUCCGAGCUGCUUCCUGUCGAGCUUCAGCCGCUCGGCUCACGUCGCCGGCUCUAAUGUAAUGUCUCGGGCCGCCGAUCAGAGACGUGGCAGGAGUUCUGGAGCGCAGUGGGACGGGUUUGUACGGCAGGGGUGAGGUCAGAGUUGAGGGACGUGAAAGACUUCCUACAUCUGACUGGGUCACCUGAGAAGACAGCUACCUUAAAACUGACUUUCUAUAGUUUCUUUUUUUUAAUCUUUUUUGUGAUGUUUUGACGUAUCAAUGUUUUAAUUUACUCUGAUGUAAUUUGCAGUUAGGAGACAAGGAGCAAAUAUGAUGACAGUGUGGAAAAUGCGGGGGACAGAAUUCAGAAAUAAGACCCCUUAAAUUUCUAAUUCCCAAUUGGAUGUGAUGUGGCCGCCUGUGAUCUCAUGGUGUGGCCAAGAGUGUGUGUACAUGUGUGUGUGCAUGUGUGAGCGAUCAGAAAGAAGACAGAAAAGGCAAAGGUCCUGAUAAGACAUCAAAUCAUUAAAGGGGCAGUUCAGAUCUUUUGUGGAGUGAUUAUAAACAGCAAAUAUCUUACCUGUGACAGAUAGCCUUUUCAGUUUGGAGAAACAAGAGCUUAAUUAUGAUGAGCUAAUGGCUAGUCUGAGUUUGGUCAAGAUCAAAAGGGAAUUAUUGCCAUCUUUACAGCAACUCAAAUGUCAAAAGUUUCAUAUCAACACUUCAUGUCUUUCAUUUUAAAUUAGAUCUCUAUUUUCAUGCAAUCUUAUGGUUUGCAAAUACAAAAUACAGCAGCAGCUAGCUGUAGCACAUCCUCUGCAGCUUGUGGCACUUUCUGCAGGAAUAUUGUGUUUUUUGCUGUAAUAAUCAAGUAAUUUGGCAGAGUCAYAGUUUAUAAAAUAUUGUUUGUAUAAAUCUAUAUUAUUGUCUGGCAUCGAAGUUCAGUGAUCCAGUUUGGUCUUGGCCCGGCUCGGCACUAGUUGUUUACUUAUCAGUGAGAUCAGAACCUAUCUGUGUUUCUUAAAGCCAAGUUUGUUCAAGUAGUUAUCUAAGACAGGUAAGAUACUAACUGUUCAAAACCUCGCCACCGAAUCAAACUUAAAAAAAAACAUCUGAGCUUUCCUUUUAAUGCUGCAGAAAAUGCACUCCACAGAGUGGAUUUAGUCCUGGCUCCACAAAUGAACGUUGCAGAGAUCUGUUCUGAUCAGUGCAGGACUUCAACUCUUAACAGCUACUAAGUACAGUUCACUAACAUUUCAGGACUUUAUCCUGCUUAAAAUAAAAACCCACAAGUUUCAACAUUGUAGCACAAAAUAAAAGGACACUUCAGUAGAAAAUGAAGUACAUUUUUUAAAAAGUGUUAUCAGAGUGCAAAGAGUUUGUGCUCUUACAUAAAUGAUGCUGACUGUGAGACUUCAGUUCAUACCUGUGACAGGAUGCGGCAUUCUCAGGAAGGGCAGGAUCUGAACAAGUGCAUUGUGGGUGUUUUUAUGCCUGUAUGCCGAUCUGACUGAGAUGUAAAAAUCGUAUUUGUGGGCGCUGUUGAUCCGGCCCUAGAAAGACAAAAAUAAAAAUGAAAAAAAAAAAAAAAAA